GUACGCCCUUCACCUUGCUCUCUUGCUUCCGCUGUGCUCUUGGAUAAGUUGGGCAUUUCUUCGUUAUUAUACUAUCCAUUCUAAAAUACUGUUCACCCUGAUCCCUCAUUUCCUCAUUCCCUCAUGUCCUACUACGUGGCUCCCGGCCAGCAGCGCACUCUCCGCGCCUGCAUGGUGUGUUCCCUCGUCCAGCUUCACAAUAAAUUCAUGCGUGAAGGGUGCCCGAACUGCGACCAUGUCCUCGGUCUUCGCGGCAACAACGAUGCCAUCCAAGAAUGCACGUCGCAGGUGUUUGAAGGACUGAUCACGCUGCGGGAUCCGGUGACAAGCUGGGUGGCACGCUGGCAGCGGUUGGAGGGAUACGUGCCGGGGACAUAUGCCGUCAAAGUGACGGGAUCGCUCCCUGACGAGGUCAUUUCGAGUCUGGAAGAUUCCGGCGUCAAAUAUAUCCCGAGAGAUGGAAGCACGGGUGAGGAGGAAAGCUGAUGGGCUCGACGUCCAUACGUCUAUUGCUUUGUUCACCAUACGAUAUCUAGCGAUGGCAUUGAUAUCUUCAUGCAAUUAUGGAGUUGAUGGUUUAUUUCUUCUUUGAUUCUUGAUACCUGGAGCAUGUUUGGGAUGGUACUUGAAAUUGUCUGCCUGGUUUACAUACAGUCUCUUUGUUGCAAAAAAAGAAUUGCCACGGUUAGACUGAGCCGUCAUCAAUUCUACAUAGUCGGUACCAGCGCCUGGCUUUUUAGAUGGAAUUAUAUAUAAUUAUUGAUAUCGCUAGAACAAAACUGGACCAAAAAACCUUGGGCCCCCA